CCAGUCCUUGUCGUGCAGAGUUUUUGCUCCUCCAGUUAUUUCCAUCAGAGUCGUUCUGCACAGUUACCAACAGAAAACAAGUACAUGCAUCCGAAGGCCCCUAGGUCCUGUUUUUUGCUCUAUUCACCAACUCCCCACGACCCCCGGUUCGUCCGCGCGAUAAAAUGGCGGGAUUCGAAGCAGAAAAGGCCGUCGAGUACGACCGUCGGUCGUUGGCCUCAGAACAGCGAGCCGCCAAGUUGAAGGACCCUGAAAGUCAACCGCAAUCAACAGGCUUGCUAUCUGAUUCUGAAUCUGGGGAGGUUGGUCGACAAAUUGAAAUGGAGACUGAGAAUUCCAUCAAGUAUCGGACUUGUAGCUGGCAGAAGACGGCUGCUUUACUGUUCUCCGAGUAUAUUUGUCUGGCAAUCAUGUCGUUUCCGUGGUCUUACUCCGUCCUGGGUCUCGUUCCCGGGUUGAUCUUGACUGUGGUCAUCGCGUUCAUCGUGCUUUAUACUUCACUUGUUGUCUGGCGGUUUUGUCUGCGCCAUCCCCAUGUGCGCGAUGUCUGCGACAUUGGCCAACAUCUCUUCUGGGGCUCCAAGAUCGCUUGGUACCUGACUGCCGUCAUGUUCUUGUUGAAUAACACUUUCAUUCAGGGUUUGCAUUGCUUAGUCGGUGCGGAAUAUCUCAACACGAUCACCGGUCAUUCGACCUGCAGUAUCGUGUUUUCCCUCGUGACUGCAAUCAUAUCCUUGGUUUUUUCGCUUCCUCGUACAUUCAAUACCCUGUCCAAAAUCGCGACAUUAUCUGCAAUUACUACCUUCAUUUCCGUCAUGCUGGCUGUCAUCUUCUCGGCAAUUGAGGAUCACCCAGCUGGCUACACCCCGGCCCUUGGUAGCCCGAUCUUCACGGCAACCCCCUUGAAAGGGACCACAUUUGUCUCGGGUAUGAAUGCUUUCUUGAACAUUAGUUACACAUUUAUCGGCCAGAUCACAUUACCAAGUUUUAUUGCGGAGAUGAAGGAACCCAGGGACUUCUGGAAGUCUGUCACCGCUGUCACUAUCGCAGAAAUCAUCGUGUUCAGCUUGGUUGGGUCCAUAGUCUAUGUCUAUACCGGAAACCAAUACAUGACAGCCCCAGCCUUCGGUUCCCUCGGUAAUGAGACGUACAAGAAAAUCUCAUUCUCGUUUAUGAUCCCAACCUUGAUCUUUUUGGGUGUUCUGUAUGCCUCGGUCUCUGCCCGGUUCCUGUUCUUCCGCAUUUUCGAGGGUACUCGCCACAAGGGUAACCAUACCGUUGUCGGCUGGCUGAGCUGGGCUGGCAUUCUAGCCGGUUUAUGGAUUUUGGCGUUCAUCAUUGCAGAGGUUAUUCCGUUCUUCUCCGAUCUCCUUUCCAUCAUGAGUUCACUUUUUGAUUCUUUCUUUGGAUUCAUCUUCUGGGGAGUGGCCUACCUCCGCAUGAGAUAUGAUGACCAUGGACCACAUUUUUAUAAGAAUCGGGGGAUUCGUGGCUGGAUCGGCGCGAUUGUCAACGUUGCUUUAAUUCUCAUCGGAUUUUAUUUCCUGGGGCCUGGAACUUACGUAAGUUAUCGACUUCUCCAAAAGCCUAGGAUUCACUAAUGGCGGAUUUAUAUAUAUAUAUAUAGGCAUCUAUUGAGAGCGUGAUCCAGAAUUAUGAGGCUGGAACGGU